UAUGAAAAAACAGUAUUUAGGACAUUGCAAAAGCAAUUCCAAGUGAUCCGUAUGCUGCGGCAAGGCCCUGUGCAAUCGGUAAUCAAAUGCGUGACAGGCUCAAAGGGCAGAACGGAGUGAAUUGACAAAAGUGAAAACGUCUCGGCAGUCAUAGGAAAACGGUGCCAAAACGAAAAGAAAGAAAGAGCACGCUGCCAGAAAAGCACACAAGUACAUACAAAGAUACACGCAGUGCACUCGACGCCCCUCCCACACUCUUUAAUUAGUUUGAUUUUCCAGUAGUGAAUAAAUCUAAAACCAAAACCAAAUCCCCCCACCGUUCGAGACGUGCAAUCAAAAAAAAAAAAACCAAGCCCAAUCACCACACACACAUACACAACACUUCCCCACACGCACACACACACACACACACACCCAUACAUAGAAAUUGUGUAUAUUGCGUAGCAAAGAAACGCCAACGUCGACGCCAUCAGCCAACAACCAGCACCAAAAACAACAAUAAGAAUACAAGUAAAUACACCAGCUCCAGAAGGUAGCCCCAACGCCAGCGGCAAGCCGCCCAUAUGUCCACCUACAUGAUGGCCAAAACGCUGGAGGAGCAGAGUCUUCGGGAGUGCGAGCACUAUAUACAGACGCACGGCAUCCAGCGCGUCCUCAAAGACUGCAUCGUCCAGCUGUGCGUCUGCCGACCCGAGAAUCCCGUGCAGUUCCUGCGGCAGUACUUUCAGAAAUUGGAGCGGGAACAAGUCAAACUGGAUGCCAGCAAACAGGUCAUCAGCCCAGACGACUGCGACGAUCUCAGCCCAAUGCCACAAACAGCUGCUCCGCCGGUGCGCAGGCGCGGCGGCAUCUCCGCGGAGCCCGUCACCGAGGAGGAUGCCAGCAACUAUGUGAAGAAGGUGGUGCCAAAGGACUACAAGACAAUGAAUUCCCUGUCCAAGGCCAUUGCCAAGAACGUGCUCUUCGCCCAUCUGGACGAGAGCGAGCGCUCCGAUAUAUUCGAUGCCAUGUUCCCCGUCAACCACAUAGCCGGCGAGAACAUUAUCCAGCAGGGCGAUGAGGGCGACAACUUCUAUGUCAUCGAUGUGGGAGAGGUUGAUGUUUUCGUCAACUCCGAGCUGGUGACCACCAUCAGCGAGGGCGGCAGCUUUGGCGAACUGGCCCUGAUCUAUGGCACACCUCGGGCUGCCACCGUGCGCGCCAAGAGCGACGUUAAGCUGUGGGGCAUCGAUCGCGACUCCUACAGACGCAUUCUGAUGGGAUCCACCAUUCGCAAGCGCAAGAUGUACGAGGAGUUCUUGUCGCGCGUCUCCAUUCUGGAGAGCCUGGACAAGUGGGAGCGCCUCACGGUGGCCGAUUCGCUCGAGACAUGCUCCUUUGACGAUGGCGAGACGAUCGUGAAGCAGGGAGCGGCCGGCGAUGACUUCUACAUCAUCCUCGAGGGCUGUGCGGUGGUGCUGCAGCAGCGAUCAGAGCAGGGCGAAGACCCUGCUGAGGUGGGUCGCCUGGGCUCGAGCGAUUACUUUGGUGAGAUUGCCCUGCUGUUGGAUCGGCCACGUGCUGCUACUGUGGUGGCCCGCGGGCCGCUCAAGUGCGUCAAGCUGGAUCGGGCGAGAUUCGAGCGCGUUUUGGGACCCUGCGCAGACAUACUCAAACGCAACAUCACGCAGUACAACAGCUUCGUGUCGUUGUCCGUCUAAAUCAAGGACAACAACAGCAGCAGCAUAAAGCACACCACAGCAGCAACCAACAAAACAAACAAACAAACAAACAACAACGCAGCGAACGCCCACAACAAACAUCUGCAGCAAAAACAACAGCAUCUAGAUGAAGACGAAGACGAAGACAAAGACGAAGAAGAAGAACCCGUAGAAUAAGGGGUUCAAUGCUCAGCAGCAAGAAAUGAAAAUGUCGUAAACACUAAACACUAUAUGAAUUUGUAAAGUUAAUUGCCUUCCAUCCUGUCCCCAAGGGAUGGAUAGACAUAGACCCUUA